AUGUGCGGAAGAUACGCUUUAGCCCUACGGCCGUCGCAAAUCCGGCGGAUGCUGGAGGACGAUGACAUGCCAGUGGACGACGCGCCGGAGGACGAGGGUCAAGCAUCUCCUCGUCAGACGUACAACUUCGCACCGGGCUACCACGGCGUUGUCUAUCGCGCCGAUGUCCCAGACCGCGGUGCGGGCCAUGGCCGUCAUCCAGGGAGCAGCCAACAGGAUGGUGCCGCCUCAAGCCAAUCUCAUAGCAACGACAGCGGCGACAGCUCGGUCAAGUACAAGAUGCAGUCGAUGCAGUGGGGGUUGAUUCCCUUUUGGACCAAGCGCGAUCCCGGCUACGCCACGCUCUCCAAGACGAUCAACUGCCGCGACGACUCGCUGAGCACGCCUGGCGGCAUGUGGUCGACCAUGAAGGCGGGGAAACGGUGUAUCGUCGUCGCUCAGGGGUUUUAUGAGUGGUUGAAGAAUGGAAAGGAGAAGACGCCUCAUUUUGUCAAGAGGAAGGAUGGGCAGCUCAUGUGUUUUGCUGGGCUGUGGGAUUGUGCACAGUAUGAAGACGCCCAAGAUAAGCGUUAUACCUACACCAUCAUAACGACAGACUCCAACAAGCAGCUCAAGUUCCUCCACGACAGGAUGCCAGUCAUCCUCGAUCCGGGCUCCAAAGAGCUCAAGACGUGGCUGGAUCCGAGGCGGCACGAGUGGUCCAAGGAGCUGCAGGACCUCUUGAAGCCAUUCGACGGCGAACUCGAAUGCUACGCCGUUAGCAAGGAGGUCGGCAAGGUCGGCAACAAUUCGCCUUCCUUCAUCAUCCCCGUCGCGAGUAAGGAGAACAAGGCCAAUAUUGCAAACUUUUUCGCCAAUGCUUCCGCCAAACAAAAGUCCAAGGAGGCCACGAAGCUUGAGCCCACCAUCGAGACGAAAGAGGAGCCCAAGGAGGCACAAGUCGGACAGGAUCAGCCGGUGCCGGAAGUCAUCGCCAAGGCGGCUGAAGACGAAGAAAGUAAAGAGGUAGCCGGGGUCAAGCGGGAGGCACCUGACGCUGGUGAAGAUGCAGAAGAGGAGCCGCCCAGGAAGACGUCGAGGGUUUCGCCUGUGAAGGGAAGACAGAGCAGGAUCAACCCAACAAGUAAUGGGAGUAGGAGUCCGGUGAAGUCGAAGCAGGGCGGUACCCAAAAGAUUACAAAGUUCUUUGCCAACAGCUCUUGA